GCAUUAAUUUUAUUAUUGAACAAAUAAAUUCACAAAAAUUGCGAAAUGAAUGAGCGGAGUGCCCACUCCAUUCACACAUUGUGCCGCAUCUGCCUGAACACGUUGGAAAAUGACGCGGCCUAUGGUCUAUUUAUGGUGCCAGGCUUGGCCAAAAAGUUGUGUAUAUGCACCUCUCUUUCAGUGGAGCAGCACGAUGGAUUUCCGGAAAAUAUAUGCAUCAGUUGUUACAACAAACUUGAUGACUUGCACUGUUUUCAAAGGAUGUGUGUGGACUCAGUGCAGAAGUUCAACGAAAUGGUGGCGAAUAACUGCUUUGUCUGCAAUACGCCUCCAAUGAAUUGCGUUAAUGUACUCAAUGUUGCAGCGCAUGAUACAGAUAUAGCUGCCGUGGAGGAGGAUGACUGCAAUUUCGAUCCACUGUUGAAUACUAAAGUUGAGAUUGUUGAGGACGAGGAUCAUUUGUUAGACAUGAUAGAGAAUGUCGACAAAGAGCUAGAAGAUGAGGAUAAAAACUCUUCAAUUCACAGCGAAAGUGCCACUGAUGAUGAAGAUAUGGAUUUUGAGGUCAACAGCAGUGAAUCCGACGAAGGUAUGCCGCUCUCACGCUUAUACAGCAAUACUAGAGCCAAAGCGAAACAAAAGGCCAAAAGAAAUACUAUCAAAGGCGAAACAGACGACUCUUCCAGCUCAGACUCCUCAGAUGAAGACGACUCAGAUGAUGAUGAUGACAAUGAUGAUGGGCCAAAUAAGGGAACCACAAAACCAAAACGUAAGCGCAUUCCAGCAGCUGAACGACAUCGACAUACACUAAUCGAAUGUCACGUUUGCCAUCAGAAGUUUAAGAAGGCAUAUCGCUAUGAAGAGCAUAUGAAGCACCAUAACGAUUUGCUACCAUUCCAAUGUGAGGUGGAGUCGUGCAAAAAGGGCUUUACAACUAAUGGUGGGCUGCGCCUCCAUGUAGAGCAUGCUCACCCUGAGCUCGUUAAAGCUUAUCCGUGCACAGUUGAAGGCUGCGAUAAGACAUUCACGCGCACUACCAAACUAACGAACCACUUGAAGAGGGAACACAACAUAAUUAAGCCUAAAAUAAAAAGGUUCCCCUGUUCAGAAUGCGACAAGGUGUUCCAGUGCCCAACGGCUCUCAAAAAGCAUAUGUAUAAGCACACCGGGGAGGAACUUCCCUAUGCCUGCGAAAUUUGUGCCAGACGUUUCUUCAUUCAGUGCGAAUUGCGCGAUCAUUUACUGCGUCAUGCGCGUGUAAAGAAUUUUGUGUGCCCCCAUUGCGGUGUGGGGAAAUAUACGCAGUCCGAAUUAAACAAACAUAUCUUGACGCACACUAGAGUGAAGCAAUUCCACUGCAAUCAGUGUAAUCAUUCGUCCCACAACAAGCAGGCGCUGGCCAACCAUAUCAACGUGGUGCAUCUAAAGAUUAAAAAGUAUGCAUGUCAACUUUGUGGAAAGACAUUUGGGAAAUCAUCUGGGUUAAGGGUCCAUGAAGCGCGACACUCAAUGCAGAAAGCUUAUCCUUGUACAGUUUGUGGAUUCUCUUAUGCAACCAAGCAAAGCCUGGUUAAACAUUUACAGGGCCAUGAGAAUUACGAAAGACCUGUGAUUAAAACUAAGCCUAAAUCCGAGAAGCCUACGGCCAAGCCCAAAACUACUAUUAAACGUGAACGGAUAAGGCCACCAAAAGAGAAGAAGCCCAAGCCUGUGCCCCCUCCUAAGCCUUAUAACAGUCCGAACAGACUGGAACACGUGGACAGAGCAGAGCUAGCAGGCACUGUUGUCAACCCCAUACCAUUUGUAUCGAUUGAGCUAACUAAGAUAAAUGAUCAGUUCAUAUGCCCUGCUUGUAACCGAGGCUUCAAUCACAAGAACAAUUUGAAAAUGCACUACAGGAACAUGCAUGAGAUGAUCAAGGAUCAAGCUUGUCGCUUUUGUCCAAAACGAUUUGCCAAAGUUCACACGCUACGCAAUCAUGAGUUAAUCCACACAGGCGAGAAGCCAUUCGAGUGCACAAUAUGUGGAAAGUAUUUCCGGCAGAAGUUGAACUUGCAGACCCAUUUAAAAAUCCACAAUAAGCCCCCAAAACCACCAAAACAACCAAAAGAAACAAAAAAGCGGGAAUCUAAAAAUGUUUCAUUAAAUUUCGAGGAUUGCAAGGAUCUGGCAGCUGAAAGUGCAGCCGCUACUGCUGCUCUGUUGGCUCAAGAAAUCGAGGAGAACGAGAGAAAACGCAAAGCAGAAGCCGAACUUCAAAGGAUUCAAGAGGCUGCGUAUGAGCAAAUAAGGCAAUUAAAUGAGCUACAGCAACAACAACCAAGCGAAAAGAAAACAUAUGACAAUUUUUUUGAGGAAAAGGCAAAGGCUGAGGGUAUUAGCCCUGAUGUGUUUAAGAUAGACCACGUUUAAGUCUAGUUAUUUUUUUUUUUAACACAUCAAAUCCUUCCCAAGAUUACCCAACAAUCUUAGUUUC